AUGGCUUCUGGUGCCCAUAUCACCUGCCCUAGGUACCACCCCGGCUCCACUAAGAAAGAAAUUGAAGAGGAGCCGAAUUGGAGAACGGCCGGGCUGCCCCGUAUCGGGCUCCGUAAUAGAGAAAACCAUUUCCCAGGAUUAACGCAGCGUGGCGAUGAAUGGUUGAAGGAAGAGCUCGAAUUUGAGGAGCAUGCGAUUGAGAAUGAAGCGGAAUUAUUUAAAAAAAUGGAACGUGGCGAUCUGCUUACCGUGAGGGAUAUUAUGACAAAGCAGGAAGACUUCCAUCUGAGAAGACCUGAAGUUUUCUCGGAGGGCUGGCGAUAUGUGUUGCAUACGACGGAAGAUUUUCUUAAGUUUCAGCAAAAUUGGCCUGUGAAUGUGCAAAAGAGACAGAAAGAGGAGGAAGAGAAAAAAAGGAAGGAGGAAGUAGAAGAAGCACAGGGGCAUUUGAAGCAAGAGAAUGAAAGGAGGCGAGAGUGUGGGGAAAAUGCUAUCAACGGAGAGGAUGCUAGUCCACCUGAAAACGGGACCGGCGCGGAGGGAAAACCACUCACGAAGACGGCUGACCGUUCGAAGCAAACGUAUUCCGCACAGGAGAUUGCCCUCUUACGGACAUUACAAACGGAGAAGGAAUAUAUAAAAUCUCUCAAACAAGACGAUGGCAUGGGCCAGUCCCCGCUGGCUGGUGAUCAAAACACAAAACCUAUGCGCAUCGAUGAGGCUGAUCAAUUCUCUCCGGACAACUGGAUUCCUCGAAACGAUGCCCUAAUUCGGUUGACGGGAAAGCACCCAUUAAACUGUGAGCCGCCUCUGAGUACUCUGUACGAUGCUGGUCUCAUUACGCCAAAUAAACUCCAUUUUGUGCGCAACCAUGGUCCCGUUCCUCAUCUACGAUGGCAGACUCAUCGGCUGGAUGUCGAAAGUGGAAAGUUGGUUUUGUCAAUGGACGAGCUAAAGGACCGCUUUCAAACUAUCAAUAUUCCUGUUCUAAUUGCGUGUGAUGGCAAUAGACGCAAGGAAGUCAAUAUGGUGAAGAGAUCUAAGGGCUUCAACUGGGGUCCCGGGGCUUGUGGGUGUGCGUAUUGGAAAGGACCACUGCUUCGUGAUGUCCUGCUUGCAGCGGGAGUACCAGAUGAGCCACCACCCCACCGCACCUGGGUGAACUUCGAAGGGGCAGAUGACCCCAGCGACGGGAAAUAUGCAACAUGCAUUCCCUUGGAAUACGCCAUGGAUCCGAAUAACGACGUUAUCCUUGCAUACGAGAUGAACGAUAAAGUCCUACCCCCAGAUCAUGGUUAUCCGCUCCGCAUCGUUAUCCCUGGUUAUGUUGGUGGACGAUGUGUGAAGUGGCUGUCUCGUAUCUGGACAUCCGAUAAAGAAAACGAUACCUAUUAUCAUGUCUUUGACAACCGCGUGCUGCCCGGUUUUGUCGUUGACAUGGACUCGGAGUUUGCUAAAGCGAUGUUUGAACUCCCUAGUACUGCUUGUAUCGAGCAGACCUUGAAUUCUGUGAUUGUUAAACCUGCCAAUGGAGAGGCGUUAAAUUUACUCACUGGUGAUAAUAAGAGGCGCAAGGAAUACAGAAUUGAAGGAAUCGCAUAUACUGGAGGCGGUCAUGAGGUUCAGCGGGUUGAGGUGAGCCUAGACUGUGGCGAAAACUGGCUUUAUUGUACGCGUAGAUUCCCCAAAGCACCUAUACGCCAUGGCAAGAAAUUUUGGAUUUGGGUUCACUGGUACGUGGAUGUCGACAUCGUCCAUCUAGCGCGAGCAACCGGGAUCACAGUACGAUGCUUCGAUGCAUUUAAAAAUUGCCAACCUGAACGCCUAAACUGGAAUCUACUUGGGAUGAUGAAUAAUUGUUGGUACACCGUCCGUACCAAUAUUUCCCAACAUCCCAAAUCUGGAGACCUAUUGAUUACCUUUCAGCACCCCACAGAACCCGGAUCGGGUAAAGGGGGUUGGAUGAAGCCGUCAAUGGAAGAGCAGAGGGAGGAAAUCCGACAGGAAGCGACCGCCCCACCGAAGCAAUUCACCCGUCAAGAAGUGGAGAAACACGACUCAGCAUCAAACUGCUGGAUAGUUAUCAACAAUAAAGUCUACGAUGCAACGAAUGUCCUAAGCUGGCAUCCUGGUGGUGCGUCUGCUAUUUUGGCACAUGCUGGAUGGGUCCAUUUGGAAACAACGGAGGAGUUCGAGAGUAUCCACGAUGACUAUGCCCAACAAAAAUUAAACGAAUGCCUACUUGGCGUUGUCACCGAGAAGGCGAGGGAAUACAUAAAGAAGGAAGCCGAAGAAAACGUGAAGGCAAGGACUAAAGGUGGUGCGGAUAAGCCUGAAUCCGGGAUACAGCGCCACAAAUGGACUCAGGUUCGUUUCCGGAAAAAGAAGCAGCUUUCAGCAGACACUCGACUUUAUACAUUUGCUCUCCCGCCAGACACAAAAAGCCUUGGCCUGGGCACUUGCGAACAUAUCCAGCUGGGAUUCCACUUCGCUGACAAACUCAUCAUUCGACCUUAUACGCCAGUGCGACCCGUAUUCGAAAGUGAAGCGGACGGUACCUUCACCCUCGCGGUGAAAACUUAUUUUCCUAGUUCCACGCAACCGGGAGGCACGAUAAGCAAUGUGCUAGACUGCCUACGUGACAACGAAGAGGUCGAAAUAAAAGGCCCUUCGGGUAUGAUCAGGUAUGAAGGCAAUGGACAAUUCGUAAUCGACGGCAAAAUCCGCAAAUUCAACAACGUCACUCUCAUCCUUGGCGGGUCCGGCAUCACUCCUGGCUACCAACUAAUAGCACGUAUUCUCCGCUCGGAUGCUGUGCCUGGUGGUUCAAAGGACUCAACGGCCAUCAGGGUGAUAGACGCUAACAAGACAGAGGACGAUAUCCUAUUGAUGGAUGAGCUCGACGAAUUUACGAAACAGCAUCCGCAGCAGUUUAGAAUUAUCCAUGUUAUUGCAAGUCCGAAGCAGGAGUUGAUGGAGGGGCGAAUUGAAGGCCUGGUGAACAGGGAUGUUAUUCGACAGUAUGGGUUUGAACCCCAGGGAGAUAACGUGGCUCUUCUCUGUGGACCGCCAGGAUUGAUCAAGAUGGCUGCGUUGCCGAAUUUGAAGGAUUGGGGUUACAAGGAGGAUGAAAAUCUUUUCGGAUUUUGA